AUGUGCUUUUUACGCGACUAUGGUUCCAUUGUUUUCUGAAAACUUCAUAGUUAAAUCUUGCUACGUGGAUUUCACGUUGGAAGUAACGAUGGGGGGGUCAACGAUGGCUUUUCUGCGUUUUGAUACUUUACCUCAUUACAGUACUCCUGCCACCCCUCUUUGGUCUAAAAUGGUUCCUCCCUUACUCAUUUACACCGGAUCCUGUUUAGUCAGUCACCUGGUUGAGUCAUAUCUAGUCGCAGACGUUGUCAAAUCAAGUCAACACGCCGAAGAAAUCCGCUAUCAUGGUGCUCCAGACGAUAUACGUCAUCACGGUGACGGUUACGGCUUUGACCUUGGGGAUCAUCUGUCUUCUCGUCGCACCUCGGCUUCUGAGACGAUUUGUCCCGAAGUAUGCCGAACUGCCGAUCGGAACGCGAUUGGAGUUUGACACAAGACAUUCCACCUUUUUUCAUCUUACGCUAUUGCAGAGUGAUGUCUGUCUGCCAUUCCACUGUUGUUGGUCUCCUGUCUAUUUGUACCGCCCUUGUGGACGACUCUAUCCAACCACACGUUAUACGAUAUGAUUCAUUUCUGGUGAAACUCACAUGCGCCAUUGUUCUGGGAUACAUGUGUAUUGACACCCUGCUACUUUGCGUCUUUUGGAGGUACAAGGGAAGUUUGUUGUUUUUAUUUCAUCACAUCGUGACCACCUGGGUUCUUCUGACUUUUCUGGUCUACAACAAUCUACCGUACUUUGCAAACUCCCUGCUCAUUAUGGAGGUGGCGAAUCCUUUUAUGCACUUGAGGUGGAUGAUGGGGAGACUUAGAACCUCUAAGACGUCUUUAAAAUACGCCAUAAACCAAUCGACAGUGACCGUUGUGUUUCUUCUGUUCCGGCUUGUCAACGCUGUACUGUACUGGAAGGGCACGUACAUUGCUUUGCAAAAUGAUGAGUAUUAUGGGAUAGAACUAACCACCAUAUUUGGUCAUCUGCUUGGUGGAAUAAUCUUUCACCUAAUGAACAUUUAUUGGUUUUGGAAGAUCUGGAUAGGAACAGUCAAGAUGGUAAAAAUAUUAAUGGGUGUCGACAAAAAGUCGAUAUAACAAUAAUUUAUUCUUAAUAUGAUAGAUAAGAUUAGUUGCGGGCUACUUAUCAUGUUUUAACAUACAAUACAUAUAGAUAAUGGGUAAUUAUAAGAUAAGGACUGCUACCUAUAUUUAUGAAGGGAAGCAAAGGGAAUAUUCAUUUUAGUACUAUUUUAUUGCCUAUAUUGAUGAAAUGUUCCAGUUUUGAAAUUGUGAAAACACUUUUAAGAUAAUAUAGUUUGCAUAACAGUAUUCUGAAAAUUUUACAUCUUAAUAAUGAGUAAGGAUAUUCGUUUGGGCGAUGUAUUAUCAUGUAGAUAAAAUUGAGCAAAAUACGCUGUAAACGGGUUUCAAUUACAAGAAAGUCUAUUUUUUGUAACAAUAUUGCUAGAAUUUCAUAUUUAAGUAAGGAUACUGUAGAAUCAAAGCGCUAGCAAUGCCACGUAUUUAAUAGGAAGAAAUUAUGGAAGGACUUUUGAAUUGUGUUUUACUUUCAUUUCUUUUGUUUUAGGCUGAUUCUUUUUAAUUUUCCACAUCCGACUGGGAAAAAAUGCACAAUGCAAAUAAAACAAGACAACAGAAA